UGAAAAUGGUGAAUAAGGCUAUAGGCCCACUUGUGUUACUAACGCACGUUUUCGCCGCUGGAAACAUCAUGGUUUACGUUUUCCUCAUUCUAAAAGACAAAGAGCUAGAAAUCCGAGAGCUGGCUUUUUCCUUUCUCUCCGCGACUGCAAUUCAGUUUUUCAUGUACGCAUAUUGGGGCCAGCAGGUCAUUAAUAAGGGAGAUGAACUCAGCCGAGCUACCCUGACUGCUAACCAGGUGGCGGAAGGUGCUUAUCAGGACGGCCCGGCAAGGUUGGCCCUGAUGGUCGUGAUGGCCAGGUGCUGUGGAAAAUCCAGGUCGGCAAUCAGCGGAAUGGGAUUUUUCCGAGUCUCCCUCAAAUUCUACGCGAGGAUUGUCAGCCUAUCGCUCAGUUACUUGCUAAUCGUCCUGCAGUUUUAAUCAUCCAAGAAGUUCAAAAUUUUCAAUUUUCAACAACAACGAUGGACUGGGAGGGUGCAUGUUUUUAUAGCUGAGACAUACGUGUAUAGUGAAAAAAUGAGAAAAAUUAAAUUAUACUCUCUGAUCGUCAAGAAAGAUUUUCCUAAAUUUUUUAAAUGCUAAUCAAGCAGGGAGUAAUGUCUGCUUACUGUAAAAUCAUGAAUUUAAUUCAUAAUUUAGAUCAUUAUUGUUAGCACACCAUUGGGAAGAUCGCAACGAGAAGGGAUCGAAAUAGUUUUAUUACACGCAAAAUCUGAAAUGUGUUGUAUGUUAUAUACUUAUGGUCCUUUGUCGCUAAUAAAAAAAAUAAAUUCAAUGUUGUCCUGUUGUAAAGACCCACUUUCAGAAGGUGUGUUUUUCUUUCGUGUUGUAUGUUGUGAUGAAAAGAGGGCAUUAUGCUUCAAAGGAAAUCGAUACUUUGAUAUUACUUCUUUGUGGGGGGCGAGAGAGCAUAACUAAUUCAGCCAGAAGAGUCUUCAAAGGAAUUAUGUUCUCACGAGAAACAACACACAUUUUUAUUUUUGUGACCCCCCAUAUAGUCAUAAUCCAAACUUCAGAUCCGUACGUCAGGAUGUGCUUUCCAGGCUACGAGUUAACGAGGGAAUUCGCCAUUCACUUCAAAGUCAGGCCGUGUAACAAUUAUUUUUAACAAAAUUUUUAUUUAUUUUAUUUAGGGAUUGGCAUUGGCCGGAUUUAUCCUGCCGAACGGGCGAAACGCGACGAAAUUUCAAAUAUUUUGGUUCGUCUUGCUGUGGGUUUCUUUCUGUGCGUACAUUCUCCUGACCAUGGUGGAGUUCUUCGUGCAGCCCUACGACCUGAGGAGGACUUUGAUGACCAUUUUCAUGGCCAACAAUGGAAUUCAGAUCCUAUUCCGUCCGAUUCACAUGCUUUUUUACAAGAGACGCGUGGAAAGCCUGCUCCGCAAUUUACAAGGCAAUUAAAAAUUUUAACUUUUUACAAAUUUAAUUGUUUACCGGCAGG